AUGCAAAUUAUAAUUUUGCAGAUCGGCAGGCCACGCCGCUUUUAUAAUUUGAAAUUAAUUUUUUUUCAGGAUGAAUUUGUAGAAAAAAGCAAAACAGAAAAUAAAUGCCUUCAAGAUGCUAAACUUAAACUGUCGGAAGAGAGAAAAUCAGCUCAAAGUAUUAUAAAAACUCUUAAGGAAGAUAAAAAUCUUUUAUCAGAAAAGAUUGAUGAGUUGAAAAAAAAGCUGCAAACAGCUCUUGAUGAGUACCACUCGCAUAAAGCUUCCAGCGAAGAAUACAAAAAAGUAUUGGAGGAAAAGAUAAAGUUAAUUAAUGAUCAACACGCGGAUCUUCUAUCUCGUGCGAAUUUAAAAUUCAAAGAUUUAGAGAAAGAAAAGAACGUGAAGGAAAACGAAGUAGAAGAUCUAAAGGCCUACGUUUCCGAACUUCAAAUCAAACACAAAAAAGACAUAAAAAAUUUGGAGGAAAAACUCUCUAAAAGCGCAGAAAAAUCAAAAAAGUACAUUAAAGAAAUUGAAGAGCAGCUUUUAACUGCCAAUAAAGAAGUGGAAAAGGCCAAUGAUAUUAUCGGAAAACUUCAUAGGGAGUUGCGAGUGUGCAAAUCUAAACUUGCAAUAUCAUUAACGGAAAACGAAAACUUGAACAACGUUCUACAGAAACGGACAAAAUUGCUGGCGGAAAAGGAGGAGGAGUGUAAAGUAGUGCAAAGCCAAAAAGAUAUAAUAAAUUCAUUGGAUGCCGCAAUAGCCCAAAAAAAUAAUGAUUUGCAGGCCCUUCAAAAGUUGGUAGCCAACUUGAAGGGGCUAAAAGAAACAAAAAACUUAAAGCUCCUGCGAGAAGAGUAUUACGAUGUUGCAUGUGCCAAUCAAGUCAAUCAAAUCAGUGCGGCAAUGCAAACAUUUGCAUCACUCGAAGACGUCACUGAUUCUGAAAAGUCUUUGCAAAUGCCGUCUUACUUAAACUCUGUAUUGAAAAAAAAGUCACGGGAUCCGCAGUCCACCUGUCUCAUGGGCGGAGUGGUUGCUCAGGACAGCGAGGUGAUACGGCAAUGAUUGGUCUUGUUAAACGCUUGCUCUUGCAAGGAAUACGACUGCGGCAAGUCAUAAUUUUGUUAGCCAUUUUCUUUGAGAAAAUAAACUAUCCGUUAUUGGUGUG